AUGGCAGACUUCGUCCAAACUUCCGCUCCCCGCCCGGACGAGGGGUCCAGAAUGCGAUGCUGCUGCGGUCGCAACGAUUGUGCUUAUUUGAAGCAUAGCUGCUCCGUGCUCGAAACCGUCGAAAAGGAUGUCCAUACCGCUGCCAAGCUGGGCAAGGCCCUUCUUGCUCGUCAUGAGGCUUACAUGGCCGAUGCCGAACGAGAUCGCAUGUCCCUUACGAGCCGCAUAGAACAGUUGGAAAACGAAAAGGUGGAAUUACAGGCCGAGAACGCGAGGACCGUCGAAGAGAACCGUACCCUCCUAGACCAGCUCGAAAUGCUCAACAACACGGUUCAGGAUUCAGAUAUCCGCAUUCAAACCCUUGAGGCUACCCUCUUGUCGUCUCACCAAGCAGUGCGGCGUCUCGAGGGCGCUGCGGCUCGUGCUGCAGAGAUGGAGAGGCAUAUUGCGCUUCUCGAACAGGAGCAGUUGCGACUGCAAAACACCCUAAUCACCACCGAAUCCGAGGCCCGCUCCGCCAUGCAGCGAUGGAGAAAAGCCGAGAGGGGCAUCUCUGAUCUUCAGGAACAGCUGGAGCGUAUGGAAAAAGAGGCCAAGGAAGAGCGCGAACGCCAUGCCGAGGUUUUGGGCCGUGUGGAGCGCCAGCGUGAGAUGGAAAAGGAACUGAAUCUUGCCGCUGGACGCCUCAAGGGAGCUGCCGCCACCAAGUCGCUUACCAACGGGAAGCCCGCCACCAACGUGGUAUCUCACUUUGUCCGAGAUUUACUGCAGGACAAUGCUAAUCUGCAGCUGGGCAUGGCUGAGUUGCGAGAAAUGCUUCUCAACUCAAACGACGAAAUACAAGCCAUGCGGGACCAGCUAAUGUGUCAUCAACCUAUCGGGGAGGAAGACGCCAGUGCUGCGUCGACCUUGCGUGCUGAAAUCGGGCCGGAAUUGGGCGAGAUGACCCAGCACAAUAUUUCUCAGCAAGUCCACAUUCACCACCACUACCAUGUCGCCGAAAAAAACAAGAAGAAGAAGCGCCACAGUCUGAACCCGGCAAUUUUCUCUCCCGCCAGCGUCUCGCGAUCCUCCACUCCUCCGGCCGUGUGGCGGCCCGGCCCUUCACCAGUGACCCCCAUGGCCUCGCAUUCUCACACGGGAUCAACGUCGACAGUUUCGAUGCCGCCCUCAAAUCGGUGGUCCGUCUUCUCGGAGCAACCCUCUGAAUUCGCACCGUCGUCCGUCCCAAGUUCGCCUCAGUCAAACCCUCGUCUCUCCAUGUUCGACCGCCCAAUGCUGGAGAUGGACAUACCCAUGUCUCCGACGACUAGCCUGGAUCCUACGUCGCCUACAUGGAAAGUCUCUCACAACAAGCGCCCUUCCGAGGCGUCGAUUCGCAGUUUCUCCGUACCUCCAAAGUUCCUCAACUUGGGUUCGCCAGCGCCACCAGCCGCCCCGACAGUACAUGUCUCUCAGCCUAUUUCGUCUACGAUUGAGGAAGAGAGAGAGGAUCACAGCGGGGAGGAAGUGCCCGGGUUGCUGACUUCCCACGAGGAUCACGGAGAGACAGAAACCGAGACCGAGACAGAAAUCUCAUUCUCCAAGGAUGAAGAACUACCGCGGAGGGGUCUGCACCGUGCCGUCUCCCACGAGUCAAUCAUGUCAUUGUCGGGAGGAUUGGACAUUCACACACUCAAAGUACGACCGAGUCAAUUGACCCUUCGUCCUCUGGGUGGAGCCGAUGCUGUGUUUACUGGAGUUACGGCACGGUCGACGAUAUUGAGAGGAAGCGAUCGAAGGAGUGACGCCUUGCUUCGCGAUAGUCUGGCAGGGCGACCGGUGUCGAGGAUGGUUUCCACUCCAGUCCGAAGUGCUUCGCCAGCAAGUACCCACUCUCAAGGUUCGCAAAACUCUGGAGGAAUAGGUCGAUGGGUCAGCUGGAGGCCAUGGACUGGCGCGGCAGCAGGCCGAGCCACAACACCUACGCAGGCACCGCCCACACCGACACCAGCGCAACGCAGCGGGAAAGAGAAGCAGAAGGAAAAGGAGUUUCUUAGGCCGCCGGGCAUCAAUCAAGCUGGUGCUAUACCAGGUUUCCAAGAAUACCUGGCGGCUCAUCAGCGUCGCGGUCCUCCAAGCAAGGUGCUGCCCGACCAAGUGGACGUCGAUGCACUGCGAGAGGUCUUGCAAGAGUGA